CUCUACCGUACAGAGACUACAAUUAUAUUCCCCCCUCCUCUUCUCCCUCUUCCCCCUCAUGAGACUGUAGGGAGACCCGACCAUCCCCAUCCAUUUUUCAUUUCUUCGGUGCAAAAAAACCAACUCCACUUUUUUCCGCCUGUCACUUUGACUUCUCCCCUAUUCUGCCAGCUCAUUCUCUGAAAAAUUUCAUCUUGGCGUGACUCUCCUUCCCCUUCUCAUCUGGGCCUUCUCGAUUUCUUCCUCUUGAGACAUCCCCUGGCUUGCUUUACCUCUUCCUCCUGGUCUUGUUUCUCGCUUGGGCAUGUAGAUCUGUCCGCGGAGGGCUCCGAUCGGCGGUUUCAGUAGGAGCCUCGCCUACUGCUCCUCAACAGUUAAAGCUGAUGAAUUCGAUUGGGUUUGUUUUGUAUGCGGGUGCUAUAGGUUAUUUGGGUUCUGAUAUUGUAGGCUUUGUGCCUCCAUUGCUUAUGAUGCAAAGAAACCGGGAAAGGAUUCUGCUGGUUAAGGGAUACUUCGGUUUUUUGCGGCUGUUUUCAUUGCCGUCGGCGGUGACCUUGCUGCUUACGUGCUGCUGCUUCUGUAGAGCAAUCGGUGCGCUCAUCCAUCCUGGCUAUUUUUUGAUAGAAUUAUCAUCGGCUGUGGAUCGUUUAUGCUUUGCUAGAUAGGGUAUGGGAAACAGCAGCUCACGGGUCAUCGGUUGCUUCGUUCCAUCCGGCAAUGUUAAGGAUGGAAACAAUUUGGAGUUUUUAGAGCCCUUAGAUGAAGGGUUAGGCCAUUCCUUCUGUUAUGUUAGGCCAGUGAUUUUUGACUCUCCGGCAAUAACUCCAUCCACCUCUGAGAGGUACACCUUAGAUUCAAGUAACCUCAGUUCCGAUAUACAGAGUGGCUCUUUUAGGCAGGAAGUGAGUGCUGAGGACGUGGGUGGCCAGCAAAGACCUAAUAAGAACCUUUCUGAAACCACUUUUAAGACCAUUUCUGGAGCCUCAGUCAGUGCCAAUGCUUCUACAGCCAGGACUGGUGGAAAUUUGAACGUGUUGCUAGCUGGUGAUGUCCAGGAGCCCGCUGCUUCUUUUGAGAGCACGGCUUCGUUUGCUGCCAUACCUCUGCAGCCAGUGCCUCGAGGGUCUGGACCCUUGAAUGGCUUUUUAUCAGGGCCUUUAGAGAGAGGGUUUGCUUCUGGGCCUUUGGAGAGAGGGUUUGCUUCUGGACCUUUGGAAAGAGGGGCAGGCUGCAUGUCAGGGCCACUAGAUAAAGGUAUGUUCAUGUCUGGUCCUCUUGAUGGAACAGAUAGAUGCAAUUUUUCUGCUCCGCUUAGCUAUGGUCAGAGAAAUGCUGGGAUCAAACGUCUUGUCAGGAGUGUGAGUAGACCCAUGAGACGUGCUUUCUCUCGAACAUUUACAAAAGGCUUGCAGGGUUCUGGUUGGAUGCAGAGAGUACUUUUGCAUCCAAUGGUGCAGAUGGUUUGGCAUCCUAAGGAGGAAAAUCUUAGACAGCCAGCAUCACAGAACUGUGUUGAGGUUGGGUCGUCUGAACCUGAAUAUAGAUGUACGAGGAACUUGCAAUGGGCUCAUGGUAAGGCUGGUGAGGACAGGGUUCAUGUUGUUUUGUCUGAAGAGCAAGGGUGGCUAUUCAUUGGGAUCUAUGAUGGUUUCAGUGGCCCUGAUGCACCUGAUUUUCUUAUGAGCAACCUUUACAAAGCAAUAGAUAAAGAAUUGGAAGGUUUGUUGUGGGAUUAUGAAGAUGGAUCUCAAAGGGGUUCACCUACAACUGUUAUUUCUGCAAACAAUGUUCCCUGUUCUUCAGAAUGUCUACAACCAGAAUUCAUGCCUCCAAUGGUCCAUAAUGGCUGCACUGAAACACUGCUUUCUGGUUCUCAAUCAUGUAAUGAUCUCUCUAAGAACCAGUUGUCUGCAGAAGUUCCUCCUCCUGUACCAUCAGAGCGAAAUAAAAAUGUAGGGAAUUGUCCUGUGGGUGAUGAUUUAGAAAAUGAAUCAGUACUAGAUGAUUACACUUUAGAAGGUAGAGUUAGGGCCAGGGAAUCAGACAUUCAGCAAUUAGGUGUAGUGAACCAAGAUCAGCGUGCAUAUGUUGAUGAAAAGAAUGCAGAUGUAGCUGCUGAUGAUGAUCUAAAAGAUGCUUCUUGCUGCCCAAAAGACAACUCAUGGAUGACACACAGGAAAAGCAAGCGAUUAUAUGAACUUCUUCAAAUGGAACUUGAGGAGUACUCCAUACCCAAUGAGUCUUGUUUGGGACGGGAUACCAUCAUUGAGAAAUCUGGAGAUCCACUUCCAAAUUUUCAAGGAGAGUUAUGUGCUACAGAAGAUUUAGCAGAGGCAAAUAAUUUUUCAUGUGCCACGAGCAUCAAGGGAGAAAGCUCGGGCCACGUUGAUGUAAUUGUUUGUGUAAGAGAAAGUGAAGAUACACUUGAGGGGGCAUCCGUUGGCUCAGAACAAAUAGUUAAAUCUUCGGUUUCAUCUUCCACACAGAAGCACAUGAUGAAGAAAUCUUUGAUUGGAUUCAAGUUGGGAAAAAUGUACAGGAAGCAGAAAUCAUUAAGGAAAAAACUUUUCCCAUGGAGUUAUGAUUGGCACAGAGAUCAACACCAUCUGGAUGAGAAGGUGGCCAAUCCUUCAUUGGUCAUUAGGAGAUGCAAGUCGGAACCAGUGGAUCAUUGUGCUGUACUGAAGGCUAUGGCAAAAGCACUUCAAACUACAGAGGAUGCUUACAUUGACAUGGUGGAGAAGGCACUUGAUAUAAAUCCUGAGCUUGCACUGAUGGGAUCCUGCGUUCUUGUGAUGUUGAUGAAGGAUCAAGAUGUUUAUGUAAUGAAUCUUGGCGACAGUCGUGUUGUCUUGGCACAAGAUAGACUAAAUGACUGCUUUGGUAAUUCCGAUCUUGGAACAGAUGGUUUAAGGUGCCGAAAUAGGCCAGGGGGCCCUCUGGUUCAUAUGGAGCUUGACAGGAUAUCAGAGGAAUCUCCUAUGCGCAAUCAAAAUAACCAUAUCAGGAGAGUUAACAAGAGCUUGGAAAUCUCUCUCUGUGGACAAAAAAUGCAUGCUAUACAGCUGUCCACUGAUCAUAGUACUAGCAUUUAUGAGGAAGUUUGGAGGAUUAAAUCGGAACACAGUGAUGACCCUCAAGCAAUAUUAAACGACAGAGUAAAGGGACAACUAAAGGUUACUAGAGCAUUUGGAGCUGGGUUUCUUAAGAAGCCGAAGUUUAAUGAUGGUUUGCUGGAGAUGUUUCGGAUUGACUAUAUUGGGACUUCACCAUACGUCAGCUGCACACCAUCUGUUGCCUAUCAUCGUCUAUGCUCAAAUGAUCGAUUCUUGGUCCUAUCGUCUGAUGGUCUUUAUCAGUAUUUUAGCAACGAGGAGGUAGUUUCACAUGUUGCAUGGUUUAUGGAGAGCAUGCCAGAAGGGGAUCCUGCACAGUACCUCAUUGCAGAAUUGCUUUUGCGUGCAGCCAAGAAAAAUGGAAUGGACUUCCACGAGUUGCUGGACAUUCCUCACGGGGAUCGCAGAAAAUACCAUGAUGAUGUUUCUGUAAUGGUAGUUUCUUUGGAAGGAAGGAUUUGGAGAUCGUCAGGGUGAUUUUGAGCGUCUUUUCUGUGCAUUUCUUUAUUGAACAAUGUUCCAACAAGAGGUAUCAGCCUCUUUUCUUGUUUCUUCUGGUUUCUCCCUGUUGAGCGCACUGUCUUUUUCCUUUUAUUUUUGACCUGGCUGGGGGAGGCCACAGUCUUCAGAAAUGUUGCAGUUUGUGAGGAGCCAGAUGGAUCAACGUCUCCUUUUUCCAAGAGAAUUUUUAUAGAAUCCCUGAAAAAUUAAUUGUUUAAAAAAUUUCUGAACAAUGAUGAUAGUUUAUUAGCUUUGACAUGCGCUACAGUGUUUUUCAAAGU